AUUAUUUUAGUUGCAGAUUGCGCUGGUCAUGCCCUGCUUAGAGAUAUGUAUUCCUUAUGCAAGUAUACUAAUAGAGCUGCCUAUACGAUUCGCAUAUUUCGUAUUUGUUAUCGUAUUCUACACCUCACUGUAUGUUUUUCGCACCUGGCGACGAUCGGCGCCUUUCAACUACUUGGUUUAUGUUCUAACAUCGAUCUCCACGCCAAUUAGCACGAGCUUAUAUCUAAUCCAUAUAGAUCAGUCGCGUUGGCUUCACGCUUAUCCGUUGAUGAUUAUAAUCGAGCUGAUCGUGCUCGUUUUCUACACCACACAGCAGAGAAUUAAGUUUAGCCAUGCCAUCGGUAUCCUUGUCAUAUUAUUGGUCUAUGGUCUCAUUGUGCUAUUAUUCUAUUUCUUAUACGUAAACGGUUUCUUUCGAAUGCUCAGCUUUUAUGGAGUCACCUUUGAGGCGUGGUACAUUAUUUACGAUACGCAUCUAAUGCUUUGUGGUGUCCAUGGCUAUAAUCUUCAACCCGAUGAGCAUAUGUAUGCAGCUGGCAAUAUACACGCUGAUUUACCCAAAUUUCUCUGGAUUAUCAUCGGACAUUUUGUGCUUGGCCCUGUGAGGGGUUUCAUAAAAGCGCUGCGUCAUUCGCGUACGAAUUACAUUUGUUAAGUUAAGUAAUCUAUAAAUUCUCGAUGUGAAAUAAAGCUGAAUGGUGUUAAUGGUGUUGAAGAACCCGGCGACCUAAUGGCAAACCUAUUCAAU